CGCUGGUGCAAGAGGCGCCUGGAGCCGCAGAGCGAGCCCGGGAGGCGCGGAGCGAGCAGCCCACGUCGCCAGGCACAAGACACGUCGGAUGUUGCAGCAGAGCCAGCAGCUAGCGCAGGAUUUCACUAUGUUGCCUAGACUGAUCUCGAACUUCUGGUCUCAAGUGAUCCUCCCACCUCGGCCUCCCAAAGUGUUGGGAUUACGGGCAUGAGCCACCUCUCCCAGCUUGUUCUUGCAUUUUGUAAGAUCACAUAGAGUAUCAAAACUGGAAAGGACCUGGGCCAUCACUUCCCUGAGAAAAAGUGACUUUCUCAAGGUCAUGCAGUUAGUAGCAAUGCUGGAACUGAACGCCUACCCCGCAGAUCACAACAUGACCUGUGAAAGGACCUAUCCUGCAGCACUUUGGAGUUUCGUGCCGACCCAAUUAGUGGCUUUGUCUUUGGGAAAUUUACUUCCCCAAAACACUGGGACAUUGGGAUGGAAUUCACUCACCCCAAAUCAUCACCCUGGUUAAGGAGACUAAAGAAUCAGAAGACAUUUGUGCUUUGGGGAGCAGAGGCCCUCAGGGUAUAGAGAAGGAAGAAGAGAGAGGUUCACUGUAGUCCUGAAGCAGAAAUAAGACCUGUGGCUGAAGGAAGCCUUAGCAAUUCACUCCUUCCUCUUCCUGAGAACUCUCUGUAGGAAGUCUCACCUAGCAGAGGCUUCACAGUAUUUCAGAGAAGCCAAAGAUUGUUUGCCUCUUUGGAAACUGUUAUCCUUCCAUCAUGACUGUGUCACUCCUGCCACUGUUCCACCACAGAGGUGGGUGCCUAGUAUUAGAGAGUUGUUUCACACACAUGGCUCAUUCCUCAAGCCUCGCUAAGCCAAGCCCGCCAGGAAGAAGCUUGAGUGGAAGCAUUCUCUCCAGCCACAUCUUUCUCUCUUUCUCUCAUACUAGAUGGCGUCCUUUGCAGCAAACCGCGCCCAGACACCAUGUCACAACCCUCCAGAACUGACGUUGGCAGGAAGUAGAGACUUUGUCGCCUGUGUCCCCCAUCCUCACCAUGUCUUCGACUCAGGGCAAUGGGGAACACUGGAAGUCCCUGGAGUCAGUGGGCAUCAGCCGCAAAGAGCUAGCGAUGGCCGAAGCCCUGCAGAUGGAGUAUGAUGCCCUGUCCCGGCUCCGGCAUGACAAGGAGGAGAACAGAGCCAAGCAGAACGCAGACCCCUCUCUCAUCAGUUGGGAUGAGCCUGGGGUAGACUUUUACAGCAAGCCAGCAGGAAGGCGGACCGACCUCAAGCUGUUACGCGGUCUCUCUGGCUCUGAUCCUACCCUCAACUACAACUCACUCUCCCCACAGGAAGGGCCGCCCAACCACUCUACCUCCCAAGGGCCACAGCCUGGCUCAGAUCCCUGGCCCAAAGGCUCCCUGUCUGGAGACUAUCUCUACAUUUUUGAUGGUUCAGAUGGGGGAGUCUCUUCGUCCCCAGGACCAGGGGACAUAGAGGGCUCUUGCAAGAAACUAUCCCCACCUCCUCUGCCUCCCCGAGCUUCUAUCUGGGAUACCCCUCCCCUGCCUCCCAGAAAGGGGUCCCCCUCAUCCUCCAAGAUCUCCCAGCCCAGUGACAUCAACACUUUCUCUUUGGUCGAACAAUUGCCGGGCAAACUGCUAGAGCAUCGGAUCCUAGAAGAGGAAGAGGUGCCGGGAGGUGGGGGUCAGGGGCGCCUACUGGGGUCUGUGGACUAUGAUGGUAUCAAUGAUGCAAUUACUAGGCUCAACUUGAAAUCGACCUAUGAUGCGGAGAUGUUGCGGGAUGCCACCAGGGGCUGGAAGGAGGGCCGAGGGCCGCUGGACUUCAGCAAAGACACCUCUGGAAAACCCGUGGCCAGGAGCAAGACUAUGCCCCCUCAGGUGCCCCCCCGCACCUAUGCCUCCCGCUAUGGCAACCGAAAGAAUGCGACGCCUGGCAAGAACCGCCGGAUUUCUGCAGCCCCGGUGGGCUCCCGGCCCCACACUGUUGCCAAUGGCCAUGAGUUGUUUGAGGUCUCAGAAGAGAGAGAUGAGGAGGUUGCUGCAUUUUGCCACAUGCUGGAUAUCCUUCGAUCUGGCUCUGACAUCCAAGACUACUUCCUCACUGGCUAUGUCUGGAGUGCUGUCACCCCUAGCCCAGAGCACCUCGGGGAUGAGGUCAACCUGAAGGUGACUGUGUUGUGUGACAGGCUUCAAGAGGCACUCACUUUCACCUGCAACUGUUCCUCCACUGUAGACUUGCUUAUCUACCAGACCCUGUGCUACACCCAUGAUGACCUGAGGAAUGUGGACGUGGGUGACUUUGUGCUAAAGCCCUGCGGGCUGGAGGAGUUCCUGCAGAACAAGCAUGCCUUGGGCAGUCAUGAGUACAUCCAAUACUGCCGCAAGUUUGACAUUGACAUUCGGCUACAGCUGAUGGAGCAGAAGGUUGUGCGCAGUGACCUGGCCCGGACGGUGAAUGAUGACCAGAGCCCCUCCACCUUGAACUACCUCGUCCAUCUCCAAGAGAGGCCUGUCAAGCAGACCAUCAGCAGGCAGGCCCUGAGUCUUCUGUUCGACACUUACCACAAUGAGGUGGAUGCCUUCCUGCUGGCUGAUGGAGACUUCCCACUGAAGGCUGACAGGGUGGUCCAGUCCGUCAAGGCCAUCUGCAACGCCCUGGCCGCCGUGGAAACCCCUGAGAUCACCAAUGCUCUCAACCAGCUGCCCCCCUGCCCCUCCCGCAUGCAGCCUAAAAUUCAGAAGGAUCCCAGUGUCUUGGCUGUGAGGGAAAACCGAGAGAAGGUCGUGGAAGCCCUGACCGCUGCCAUCUUGGACCUAGUGGAGCUGUACUGCAACACAUUCAACGCAGACUUCCAGACGGCAGUGCCCGGGAGCCGCAAGCAUGACCUGGUCCAGGAGGCCUGCCAUUUCGCCAGGUCCCUGGCCUUCACUGUCUAUGCCACCCACCGCAUCCCCAUCAUCUGGGCUACCAGCUAUGAAGAUUUCUACCUCUCCUGCUCCCUCAGCCACGGCGGCAAGGAGCUGUGCAGCCCCCUGCAGACCCGAAGAGCUCACUUCUCCAAGUACCUCUUCCACCUCAUCGUCUGGGACCAGCAGAUCUGCUUCCCAGUGCAGGUGAACCGGCUGCCUCGGGAGACACUGCUGUGUGCCACUCUCUAUGCUCUGCCCAUCCCCCCACCGGGGAGCUCCUCAGAGGCCAAUAAGCAGCGGCGGGUGCCUGAAGCCCUGGGCUGGGUCACUACCCCACUCUUCAACUUCAGGCAGGUCCUGACCUGUGGCCGGAAGCUUCUGGGUUUGUGGCCAGCAACACAGGAAAAUCCCAGCGCCCGUUGGAGUGCACCUAAUUUCCACCAGCCAGACAGUGUCAUCCUGCAGAUUGACUUCCCCACCUCGGCCUUUGACAUCAAGUUCACCAGCCCCCCUGGAGACAAGUUCAGCCCCCGCUAUGAGUUUGGCAGCCUCCGGGAAGAAGACCAGCGCAAGCUUAAAGACAUCAUGCAGAAAGAGUCCUUGUACUGGCUCACUGAUGCUGACAAGAAGCGCCUGUGGGAGAAGCGAUAUUACUGCCACUCGGAGGUGAGCUCGCUCCCCCUGGUGCUCGCCAGCGCCCCCAGCUGGGAGUGGGCUUGCCUGCCUGACAUCUAUGCUCUCCUGAAGCAGUGGACCCACAUGAACCACCAGGAUGCCCUGGGGCUCCUGCAUGCCACCUUCCCGGACCAGGAGGUGCGUCGUAUGGCUGUGCAGUGGAUUGGCUCACUCUCAGAUGCUGAGCUGCUAGACUACCUGCCCCAGCUGGUACAGGCCCUGAAGUAUGAAUGCUACCUGGACAGCCCGUUGGUGCGCUUCCUCCUGAAACGAGCUGUGUCUGACUUGAGAGUGACUCACUACUUCUUCUGGUUACUGAAGGACGGCCUCAAGGACUCUCAGUUCAGCAUCCGCUACCAGUAUCUGCUGGCAGCCUUACUGUGCUGCUGUGGCAAGGGGCUGAGAGAAGAGUUUAACCGCCAGUGCUGGCUUGUCAAUGCCCUGGCCAAACUGGCCCAGCAGGUCCGGGAGGCAGCCCCAUCUGCAAGGCAGGGAAUCCUCCGCAUAGGCCUGGAGGAGGUGAAGCAGUUCUUUGCCCUCAAUGGCUCGUGCCGCUUGCCACUCAGCCCCAGUCUGCUGGUUAAGGGAAUCGUGCCCAGGGACUGUUCCUACUUCAACUCCAAUGCUGUCCCCCUCAAACUCUCCUUCCAAAAUGUGGAUCCCCUGGGUGAGAACAUCCGUGUCAUCUUCAAGUGUGGGGACGACCUUCGCCAGGACAUGCUAACGCUGCAGAUGAUUCGCAUCAUGAGCAAGAUCUGGGUCCAGGAGGGGCUGGACAUGCGCAUGGUCAUCUUCCGCUGCUUCUCCACCGGCCGGGGCAGAGGGAUGGUGGAGAUGAUCCCUAAUGCCGAGACCCUGCGUAAGAUCCAGGUGGAGCAUGGGGUGACCGGCUCGUUCAAGGACCGGCCCCUGGCAGACUGGCUGCAGAAACACAACCCUGGGGAGGACGAGUAUGAGAAGGCUGUGGAGAACUUUAUCUACUCCUGCGCUGGCUGCUGCGUGGCCACGUACGUCUUGGGCAUCUGUGACCGACAUAACGACAACAUCAUGCUGAAGACCACUGGUCACAUGUUCCACAUUGAUUUUGGCCGCUUCCUGGGCCAUGCCCAGAUGUUUGGCAACAUCAAGCGGGACCGUGCCCCCUUUGUCUUCACCUCGGACAUGGCGUAUGUCAUCAACGGGGGUGACAAGCCUUCCAGCCGCUUCCAUGAUUUUGUUGACCUUUGCUGCCAAGCCUACAACCUCAUUCGCAAGCACACCCACCUCUUCCUCAACCUUCUGGGCCUGAUGUUGUCCUGUGGGAUCCCUGAACUCUCAGACCUGGAGGACCUCAAGUAUGUGUACGAUGCCCUGAGGCCUCAGGAUACAGAGGCCAAUGCCACUACCUACUUCACUAGGUUGAUUGAGUCCAGCCUGGGCAGUGUAGCCACAAAGCUCAAUUUUUUCAUCCAUAAUCUGGCUCAGAUGAAGUUCAUGGGCUCAGAUGACCGGCUGACCCUCUCCUUUGCCUCCCGAACACACACUCUCAAGAGCUCUGGCCGAAUCAGUGAUGUUUUCCUCUGCCGCCAUGAGAAGAUCUUCCACCCCAACAAAGGCUAUAUAUAUGUGGUAAAGGUGAUGCGAGAGAACACUCACGAGGCCACCUAUAUCCAGCGGACCUUUGAGGAGUUCCAGGAAUUACACAAUAAGUUGCGGCUGCUCUUCCCUUCUUCCCACUUGCCCAGCUUCCCUAGUCGCUUCGUGAUCGGCCGCUCCCGGGGAGAGGCGGUGGCCGAGCGGCGGAGGGAGGAGCUAAACGGUUACAUCUGGCACUUGAUCCACGCACCCCCCGAGGUGGCCGAGUGUGAUUUGGUGUACACCUUCUUCCACCCACUGCCCCGGGAUGAGAAGGCUAUGGGCACCAGCCCAGCUCCUAAGUCCUCAGAUGGCACAUGGGCCCAGCCCGUCGGAAAGGUGGGAGGGGAGGUGAAGCUGUCCAUCUCCUACAAAAACAAUAAACUCUUCAUCAUGGUGAUGCAUAUUCGGGGCUUGCAACUGCUCCAGGAUGGAAAUGACCCUGACCCCUAUGUGAAAAUUUACCUCCUUCCUGACCCUCAGAAAACCACUAAGAGGAAAACCAAAGUGGCCCGGAAAACCUGCAAUCCUACCUACAAUGAGAUGUUGGUAUAUGAUGGGAUCCCCAAGGGAGACCUGCAGCAGCGGGAGCUCCAGCUGAGCGUGCUGAGUGAGCAGGGAUUCUGGGAGAACGUCCUGCUCGGUGAGGUGAACAUCCGCCUGCGAGAGCUGGACCUGGCUCAGGAGAAGACCGGCUGGUUCGCCCUGGGAUCUCGAAGUCAUGGCACCUUGUGAGCCCAGCAGAGCCACCACCCAGCAUCCCAGGCUGGUGGCAGGAGCUGGGGGAGAGGACUCUCCCCUGUGAGACUCCUCCUUGUGAAGGGCCAGGGCCCUGGGCAGGCCUCCAGCUCGGUCCAGGUGAUUCUGGCCUCUGUGGUAGGAGGCAGGGAGAGUAAGACAUGCUCUGCUGUCUCCUCCUCUGGAGACUGAACUUGGGUUGGUUGUGAUGAGCAGCCCCUUGGAGGCUGUGAGGUUGCAGCAAAGUUUUAAGUUUACCUUGUGUCAAGGGAGCAAUGCUUGGUUUGGGGAGUGUGUGGGGUGGGCUGUAUGAAGUAGCAUUUUGGGGGUGGGUGGGUGGAUAUCUUAAUUUUUAUUUUUAAAAAAUGAAAUAGUGAUGUUGUCCUAACUGGGACAGGAAGCCUUGCGAGAAGGGACGUACCUAUGCCCCAGAAGGCAAGAGAGGAAGACUAUUUGGACUUUUUGUAUGAUUAAGGUUCUUAUUGGACUUUUCCCUAGGGUUUUUUGGUUGUUGUUGUUGUUGUUUCGUUUUCUAGCUAUAGGAACUAUUUGGGGAGGGGCCCAGUGGGUCCUCGGCCAGAGCCCUCUCUAAGGACAGGUUGGGGAGGGUUGGGGAGGGCUGCCUGUGCUGGACUGAGGCUUGCACCACUGGGCCUUUCUGAUUUUGCCUCCAAAGGAGAGCGCUGUGAUACCUACAUGUGUAAGGAAGGGCCUUCCGUAUUGGGGUUCUGCCAAGGACCCGUAUUCAGGGACCCAUGCUCUUUUGGGGGGACUUUUCCUCUUGUCUUCCCUACUUUAUUAGGACUUGCCCUGAAUACCAUUUUCUACCCCUUGCCCCUCCAUUCUCCUGGCCCUUCUGGGGGUCAGCUGGUCUCUAUGAAUAUGCUGGGGGUGCUUCCCCAUAGGUCUCUCCCUUCAUUUGUCUCUGGUGAGACAAAAUACUGACUCAGUCCUUAGAUGUAGUUUCACCCAAGAGCAUCUUGGCCCUGGGAAGAGGUCCCUAGGCUGCAGAUGCUACUGACUGCUUGCUAGGUAGCCUCUGGAAAGCAUUCCCCAUCCAUCACUCCCCACUUCUUUCUGCUGUGCUGCUUCCCUCCCAAACUCCAUUUCUGUCACCCUUUUUAUAAGACUUUUCCUCAUUCUGUGGGGCCAUAAACCUAUUUAGUCUGGAGCCAAAGGGAUGCCCUAUCUGAAGGAAAGGGGCAUGGGGUGGGGGAUUCCAUCAAAACUGUUGUUUUUUGCCUCAUGAUUUUUCUUUGGUCAGUAGGAGGCUGGAUUGGAGUGGUGAUUAUUCCCCUGGAGCUAAGCUCAGGAGCCCGAAGGGAGAGACUGAGACUGACUCCCUUAUCUCUUCAUAUUCUUUAUUCCCUACCAGAUGGAUAUUUUUUUUUUUUUUUUUUUUUUUUGGAGACGGAGUCUCGCCCUGUCGCCAGGCUGGAGUGUAGUGGCAUGAUCUCGACUCACUGCAAACUCUGCCUCCCGGGUUCAAGCGAUUCUCCUACCUCAGCCUCCCGAGUAGCUGGGAUUACAGGCAUGUGCCACCACGCCAAGCUAAUUUUUGUAUUUUUAGUAGAGACGGGGUUUCACCAUGUUGGCCAGGAUGGUCUCGAUCUCUUGACCUCGUGAUCUGCCUGCCUUGGCCUCCCAAAGUGCUGGGAUUACAGGCGUGAGCCACCAUGCCCCGCCCCAGAUGGAUUUUACAUUUGCUCUUUUGUGUUUCACUCCAAAGGGUUGUCUUCCUCGCCAAAAGGAGGGAGGGACUUUGAAUUUGAUAUGAAUCUUUAAAACCAGAAUUGGCUGGAUAUUUCCCAUGAUUGGGAAAACAGUGAAAUGAGGACAUUCUGUAAACUGUCCCUCCCUAAUUCCAAGGAUCAGAAACUCCCCGUUUUGCUGACUCAUUCCAUAACUGGAGAAAGAAGCUCCAUUGACCGAAGCCACAGGGCAGCAUGGAAGUUUAAAUUUUCUCUAAAAUUAAAAUGCCAAGGAUAAAGCUGGCUGCUUCCAGGAGGGGGAAGAGGAGUGGGGAGUGGGCGGUGAAACUUUUCCAGAUGAACGGACCAUAAAUGUGUUACUGGCUUUGUGCUUGUAGCUCAUUUUAUUAUGACCUAUAUGCUCCUGAUUUAAAGAGAUCUGUGUACUGUUUACUUCCCACUUCCCAGAAUCCCUUGUAUCUCCUUUCUCGGGAAUUGUAUUUUCUAAUAAAUGACAUUUGAGAACAAAA